AUGAGGGUGGAUAAACGAGUGUUCACAUAUUUGGUGAGGCAGUAUCAGCGCAGCCGGUUCGCCACGUGGCAAAACCCAGUUUACAAUUUCGUGCAUCUUGUGAUGGCCCUUAGUAAACUGGGGCACGGUUUGCCGUUUCGUGUUAUCGGAUUGCACUUUGGUUAUCCUGGGAGCGUCAACGACGCACGUGUUUUCCAGAACAGCCCAGUACGAACGCGCAUUGAACAAGGCGGCAUCAACAACUACGUCCUAGUCGGGGACGCGGCGUACGGCCUGCGCCCUUACAUCUACACCCCCUACAGAGCAACUAGCGGCCGCCAUCUCCAAGACGAGCAGAGGAUUUGGAACCUGCAGCAGUCCCGAGCGCGGAUGGUGGUGGAGCAGGUGAAUGGCAGGCUGAAGACAAAGUGGAGACUGCUUGACGGGCGCAUCGAAUGCGACAUCUUCCGCGCGCCCCGCUAUGUCGCCGCUUGCGUCACUCUUCACAACAUCGACUUGGUGCUCGGUGCGCGUCCGCUGAUGGAAGAGCCUCGCGAACGCAACAGGUGGUGGCAGCAGGGGCCGGCUGCAACCGCCCCUCACUACUCGCCCGAGCACGAGGGCUUCACGCUGACCCGCCGCAGCUCUCGUCUGGCGGGUUAUCUUUACGCCUCUUGGUGUCUGGUGUUGCUCAAACCGCCCACAAUUGCCGGCAUUCCCCCCUCCGUUCCAAUGGCUUCUGCGUCCGCAGCCGCAGGGCGACGCGAGUGGACACCACGGUUCCCGCGCAGCGAAUUACCCGCGCGCGCCCCGGCUCCGCUUGAGUUUGGCGGGGAUGCUCCUGCCGCAUUGGGUGACGCUCGGCGCUCUGUAGUGUUGACGGAUGGAGCCGGCUGUGACAUUGGCGCAGUCGGCGGAGCUUGA